GAGUCGGGCUUAGCUACAGUUCGAGAUCUGCGCUGCUGUCAGUCGGAUUCCACAAACCGGCGAUCAUCAUGUUCCGGGGAAGCCUCAUCCUUCAGGCUCUCUUCCUACUUUACUGCAUAGGCAGUGGCAUUGCAUGGUCUCAUAAGAAACACAAGAAUGCCACUCAACCAGGCUACAAACAGGAACUUUCGACUUCCGCUCCGGCCCAUAUUUCUAUAGAAAAUUCGCCUAGUUUUGAAGAGGCCCACGAAUCCAAACCGAAACCGAGAUUUGCAGCCGCCGGACACUCCUCCGGCGGGGACCAGUACAUUCUUGAGGAGGAUGAAGGUCAUGUGGUAGGAGAAGACGAUGGUGAAUUCAUCGACGAAGAAGGCAAAGAGGAGGAGUAUGGUCAAGAGCAAGAAAGAGGCUACCACAACGAUGACAAGAAGGUGGAUGACGAAACACAGAAAGAUUUCAAACAAACUGGAGCAUAUCAAGAUUUUAGUCAAGGUGGCGCUGUUUUUGAUAAACACCAUAAAGACCGCCAAGCCGAGAACAAAGAAAAUGAGGAUGUCAAGCAGCACGAUGCGGGAGAAAAAUUUGGUGCCGAGGCUCUAAAGGAACAUAAGCUGGGAAAACAUAAGGAGAAGAGUAAAGGGCACAAGAAAUACGGUUUCAAGAACGUCUACCACAAGGAAGAAUAUGGAGACCAUAAAACAUUCCACGAUGAAUUUCUUGACAACGAUCACUUCCACGACUACGACGAUAAACAUGAACACAAACAAAUGCAAGGAGGGAGGUUCACGAAAGGAUAUAAGAGAUCGGGAGAGAACAAAGAACAUGAUGUUGGAGACGAGAAACACGCUUGGGGAAAAGCCGGUCACGAUGGACAUGCUGAAGGAUAUUACGAGAAAGGAGGUCAUUUGUCUGGACACCAUCAUGGCCACAAAAAACAAGAGGGACACUAUGAUGCUAACGCCCGUCAUGGGAAACAAUCGGCACAUAAGCUGAGGAAGGGCGAAGUUCCUGUUGUGAGUUCUGUUUAUCACCAGGGAGAUGAUAAGCCUCAGUAUUACAGCCAAGUGCAUCAUGCUCAAGAUGAUCCUGCCCACUUGCAUACUGAAGCUAUAAUACCUGAACAUCAUUACGGAGGGUAUCAUGCACGCCAUAAUGGUGCCCAACCUGCAGAGGUCAAGCCUGUCAAACCUGUGAAAGAGUACGCUGAUAGGGAACUUCCACCAGUACCAGUUUUACAGUACCAUGAGCGAAGAUCACCUGGCGAUGCAAGGCGUUUAGAAGUUAUUGGUGAUAAAACAUAUUCUGCGAGAGAUCUUGAACAAAUUCAGCAACCUAUUAAAGAUAUCCAGCCUAUAAGAGAGAUUGUACCUCCUAAAGAAACUCAUAGGCUCCAAUCCUAUCAAUAUAUGCAGCCUGAAAAUGACCAGUCAUUCUCAAAAGAAGAUCGAAUCAGUAAAUAUCGUCAACAGUAUGGUCUUUCGGAACCUCGAAAAUCUUACCUUCAUCAAAGAACUCUCCCAGCGUUACAGUCCUCUAAACCUGAUUUACCAAUUCAACAUUCUCACCCAAUUCACAGAGCCAAUCAGCAAGUUCCUAGAAAUCAUCAUUCCAAUGAAAAUCUUCCCCAGUAUCAGACUCGAAAUCAUGGUCACCGACACUUUCUGAUUAGUCCUAAUAACCAACAGGAUUCACGAAGUAAUCAGCAUCAUCAGACUGACGACCAGGGGCAUUCUAAAUCCUAUCCUUGGUGGGAAGCUUCCAACGCUGCUAGAAAGCAUCAUCAAUCCAGGGAUUUCAAACCGUCUCCGUCUUAUCAGCAUUAUGGUUAUGUGGAGGUGCCGGAACACGAGGCACCGUGGCGUCAAAGGCAACAUCAUUUGAUGGAAGAAUAUGAACCAGCAGCUUCUCAGCAAAGGCCAGGAUACAUAAGGCAGCCGAAAAAGGUUCAGUGGAAAAGGGUCAAAAACCAUCGCCAUAGUUAGAUAAUCAAACAUAGAAAUAUUCACAUUUUAUACCGUCAAGAUCUCACAACUUUUCAUAUUAACUGAAAUGUUUCUUGUUGUAAAAAGGAUAUUUUUUAAUCAGAC